GGCGGGGCAAACAACGGAAACUCCAAAGUCAUAUGAUCGAUUUGUGAUUCUUUCGUGCGGAAUACACUUCUGUUCCUUCGUUGCAAAGAUGGCCAGCCAGACGCAAGGUAUUCAACAGCUUCUGGCAGCCGAAAAGAGAGCUGCAGAGAAAGUUUCAGAAGCAAGAAAACGCAAAGCACGUCGAUUGAAACAAGCCAAGGAAGAAGCUCAAGAUGAAAUUGAGAAAUAUAGACAAGAAAGGGAAAGACAAUUCCGUGAAUUUGAAGCCAAGCAUAUGGGCUCGAAAGAAGACGUAGCUGCACGUAUAGAAGCUGAUACGAAAGUGAAAAUAGAAGAUAUGAAUCAAGCUGUUUCCGUGCACAAGGACAUGGUAAUGCUUACAAUUUUGAAGUUGGUAUACAACAUCCAACCAGAGUUGCACAAGAAUUACCGCAACGAAAUUUAAAUUGGAUGGAAUGCGUUGACGCGUAUAAAUAUUGCAUCUUAUGCUAUAAAUGUACAUUAAGUACUUUCCUUUAUCAUAUCUUAAAACGUAUCUAUUCUGCCGUUAUGUUGUACUUUUAUCAGAGAAAGUGUAUACCUUUUAAUCAUAGAUGGUGGUACUGAAAUUACUAGAAUUUUUGUCUGCGGUUGCUACACGACAAUAAAUGUAGUCGUAAUUAUGCUGAGCUUUUACCACCAUGUUGGAAAGUUUAAGAUUUAGAGUAGCUGCAUCGCGGUAGUAGUGUAAAUGUAUUAAAGGGGUUGUCGUCAUUGUGAUAUAUCAUGGCCUAGAUAUAUUAGGAUGACGUGUAAAUGUUAAAACUUAGGGUGGUGGCAAAAAUUAUACAUCAUUAAAUGUAUGUUGCUAGAUGUCAUUCCAUAAUUCUGCUGCAUCGAGGACACAAAUUGUGAUUACAGAAUACCCGUACAACUCCCGAGAAUCACGGUCAAGCUCCCAAUUCGACAGGGUUCUCGCGACGAUGUACGGAACCACCAUUUGUUUUGUUUGAAAUUUUUAAACGUUGUUAAGUUAUACAAAAUAAUACUUAUACCUCAUGUGUAUACCCUGUCUCUGCGAGCCGGUAAAUCUGUACAGUAUUAAUAUUCAACAAUAAAAAUAACUAGAACCUA